UAACUGUCAAUAAUCGUCACAUCAGCAGAUCUGUCAUUUCGGUCGAUUGUUAUCUCUAUUUUAUGCUAAAAUUAUUUAUUCAUUUGUGAGGUGGCUUUUUCCUUUGUUUUUGAUACUUAAUUAGGAGUAAGAAAGUGGCUUAAUUAACUUUGUACCAAUGCCUACGUUCGAGGAUAAUCCGUUUAGUGAUCCAACCAUAGACAAUCCAUUUUCUGAUCCAGCGGUUCAGCAAGUUGCAAGAAGUACAACUAAUGCCACACGAGGUCUCGACGACUACAAUCCAUUCGACGGUCAACAAAAUGCAAAUCAGCCUACGGCACCGCAACAACCCACACAGCCUGCCAUCAUGCAGGCUGUGUCUCCCCCAAGUGGUAACUACCAGAGACCACAGCAGCCGUCACAGCAGGCACAGGGAGCUCCACCAAACUUCACCACUGCAGACUUUCAGCGGAGACAAGAGGAAUUAGAACGCAAGGCUGAGGAACUCGCGCGGCGGGAGGCGGAACUAAGAGCGGGCUCCGCCGGCAGACGCAACAACUGGCCGCCGCUGCCCACCUUCUGCCCCGUGCAGCCCUGCUUCUACCAGGACAUCAAUGUGGAUAUCCCGUUGGAGUUCCAGAGGGUCGUGAGGCACUUGUACCAUUUGUGGAUGUUCCACGCCCUGGUCUUAGCUCUGAAUAUCAUCGGGGCCAUGUCCCUCAUGUUCGUGGAUCAAGGGUUCACGAUCUUCGGCCUGUCCAUACUCUACUUCGUGCUGUUAACACCAUUCAGUUUCAUCUGUUGGUACCGUCCCAUCUACAAGGCGUUCCGAAGCGACUCCUCCUUCAACUUCAUGGUGUUUUUCUUCAUAUUCCUGUUCCAAAUCAUCAUCACUCUCGUCCAAUCCAUCGGAUUCAGCGAUGGAGGGUCUUGCGGAUUAAUAACGAGCAUCAACGCGUUCAAAGUGAACGUCGCUGUGGGGAUCAUCACUAUGCUGGUGACUAUCGGCUUCAUCACGUGCGUGGUGGCUGACGUCAUGCUUCUCACUAAGGUGCACAGAAUCUACAGGUCAACGGGCGCUUCUCUAGCCAAAGCUCAAGCGGAGUUCACAACGGAAAUACUCCGCAACCAACACGUUCAGACCGCCGCCUCUAACGCGGCCGCAGCCGCUGUCAACGCGCAGAUAGCAAACGCCAACAGAUACUAGACGGUUAUAAACGAUAUGACAGGGCAGCGAACGCCGCCCGACCGGGAAGUACAAUCUAUCAAGAUAACGCUUUCUGAUAUAAAAAAGUAUUUAUUAUAUUCGCCUUGACACUGUAAAUUGUAAGGGUUUGACUAAAGAAAUCACUAUUUUCACUUCGCAUAUUCCUAUGAACAAUAUCCUUUUUAAGAUAAUAGCAGUUACUUUCUCACUGGGUAAUUAUGUGGAGUGGCUAUAGCCAAAGGAACUGACUUUGCUGGAAAAUGGUUCAGAACAAUUACUUAUGGAAUAUUCAGAAAUUACCAACCAAAUGACAACCAAGCGGUCAUAUGCUAUCGCGAGACUAUUAUUUUCAAUUAUUCUGAAGAGUCAUAUAGAAAUUGAUGUUAUCGUGUCUCUCUCUCUCACUCUAAAAAGUAGAUAAAGAUGGCACGAGAGUUGACAACGUCAUGCUUGGCACGUAAGUUGAUUGUUCUACUUAUUCUAUUGAUCUAUACGCAAUACAGUGAUGUAUGAAGCGUUAACGUCUGUUGGCCAAAGUAUCUGCACGUACCGCCGCCAUUUUGGUUCAACUUAUAUUCUGAGUGUCUGCCUAUACGUUUGAUUAUUCAGUUAUUUAGAAAUUAAUUUUCACGAUCACGUAUUUAAAAAGAGAUUGGCAAAGUUUUAUUAUUUAUAUAUAAUUUUUUUAUAUUUUUUUAGUAUGAUAUUUGAUGAACUUAUAUUGAGUCCUUUAACUGAAUUAUAUUAUAAUCGCUUCUAUCGUUAGAAAACAAUAAACUAUUAUGAUCAAAAUUGUAUUAAAUAUCAUACUAAAACAUAGGAAGUAGCAGUUAUUUAUAAACUGAUUAGUUAUACGGCCAAAAUGUGAUAUGGCUGUGUAUUUAUAAUUCUUGGGAUCAAUUCAUACUAACGCAAAGUCGAAGAAUAUAUUUUUUUAAUAAGUUGGCAUACGAAAUACAAGUCUUAUCUUUACUAUGAUUGUUAUAAAGAAGCCUGUGUUUUGAAAAAAAUACUUAAAUUUGACAAAAAGGUCAAAUAAUCCGAACAAUAGCUGAAGAAAUAUUCAGAAAAUUUCAAAACUAAAGCGUCUUUCAAAAUUAUUAUUUGUUGAUUUUUUAUGCUAACUAUAAUAGUUUGAGACACUUUAACUCUGCGCCAGUAUGUAUUGAACUUUAAUGUUAUUGUAUCGAUCUUAAAAUGUUUUCGCAUUUCAUUAAUUACCUAUAUUAAAUGUUUGUAAUAAAUAUUUCGAUGCUAGCUAUGCAAUGAUUUAGUUUUAUUAAUUGAGCUUAUUGACGCUAUAACUAUAAAAUAAAAUCGUUAAUUGUUAAAAAUUCAAUCGUGACACAUCUGGAUUAUAAUUUAAUCGAGAGGUUUUUCAAUAAUUUUCAUUAAUAAUACGUACAUUUUCAUUGGUAUUAGAAAUUUUAUAUCGUGUGAACAUUCCAUAUAAAGAAUGUGUUAAUGAAUGUGUUUAACUUUGGAAAUUGGUGUUACGGAUUUUCAGUAUCGUGAUUCAUAUUGAAUUUUCUUAAAGUAGAUGUGUUCGAUUUUCUACUUCAUAGUUGUAUUGGACCAUUUACUUAACCUUUCCCAAAUUUCCGAAGCUCUUGCCUAGUGUGCAGUCUAUCUUUAGCACAACACUAGUAUUUAUAUCAUUGUAUAAAAAAAUUAGCGUAAGAUAAGCAUAACUAGUCAAUUGACUAUAUUGCAUUGAAAUCCCCAUGGGAAUUGGAAUAAGACAAUGGAAAUGUCAUGUUGUAUUACAUACUAUAGUAAUGUGUCGUCGUCUUGCAACACAAUUUACUGCGCAGUGGUAAAGCUGAAAAUAUAAAACUGGGUUUUUAAGUUAUGGUCUCUGAUAGUGGUGAUUAAAUAAAGUCAACAGUACAUCAACCUACCCAAAUUCACUGCAAAUUAGCCUCUAUUAUCACAGCAUAGAGUUCCUGUGCAGGGUAACUUGAUAUGCGAUUGACUGUACCACAAAGUUUGCACCAUAGUUUAUCAGUGGUAGGUACCAUCAGUUGCGAUGACACAUUUGUCACUUUUUAGUCUCAUUCCGACUUCUAUGGAAGAAACCGCUUAAUUCAUCCAAUUGAUUGUAUCAUGACUGUUACUUGUUAGGACACAAUAAGUAGGUAAUAUAUAUCUGGGCCUAGACUAAUGUAAAUUAUUUAUAAUACCGUCCUUACCCAGAUAAAUGGUAAGAGAAGGCACUUAGUAGAUAUAUCUAAAUGUUUACUGUUUUAUAACGAUUAAGUCAUGUUAUAAACUUAUGAUUAAUAAUAAAUAUAGUUUCAGAUUA